CGUUGGAAAAACCCCGGGGGAACCCUUCGGCUUGAGAGGAGAUGGCAAGCCAGAGAGCGGUGCUGAUGUCGGGCUCGCUGCAGCUCUCGGACCGCCAGCGUCCUCCGGGUCAGAGGAGAGCCGCAUCCUCCGCUGCAGCCUCCGCGGACACGGUGAUGAUGAUGAUGCCCGGCUCGGGCUCCGCGGUCCUCCCGGCUGGGAUCAUCAACCCUGCCUUCCCCAUCCGGAAUAUAAAGAUGAAAUUUGCGGUUCUCAUCGGACUUAUCCAGGUUGGAGAGGUUAGCAACCGGGAUAUUGUGGAAACGGUGCUGAAUUUGUUGGUGGCCGGCGAAUUUGAUCUGGAGACAAACUUCAUCAUCCAAGAUGCAGAAAGCAUCAGCUGCAUGGUCGAGUUAUUGGACCACUGUGAUAUUACGUGCCAAGCCGAAAUCUGGAGCAUGUUCACCGCCAUCCUUCGGAAAAGUGUUCGAAACCUGCAAACAAGCACCGACGUGGACCUCAUCCAACAGCUGCUGCUGAAGAUAAGAUCGGCGGAUGACAUGAUUGCAGACUUGCUAGUGGAUAUGUUGGGCGUGCUGGCCAGCUACAGCAUCACAGUGAAGGAGCUGAAGAUGCUCUUCAGCAUGCUGCGAGGCGAGGGAGGCUUUUGGCCGAAGCAUGCGGUGAAAAUGCUCUCCGUGUUGAAUCAGAUGCCCCAGAGACAAGGUCCAGAUGCCUUCUUCAACUUUCCUGGUUGCAGCGCAGCAGCAAUUGCUUUACCUCCGAUUGCUAAGUGGCCUUAUCAGAAUGGGUUUACGUUCAACACCUGGUUCAGAAUGGAUCCGCUGAAUAAUAUCAAUGUUGACAAGGACAAACCCUAUCUCUACUGCUUUCGCACCAGCAAGGGCAUCGGCUACUCAGCGCAUUUCGUUGGGAACUGUUUGAUUGUGACGUCGCUCAAGUCGAAGGGAAAAGGUUUCCAGCACUGCGUGAAAUAUGACUUUCAGCCCAGGAAGUGGUACAUGAUCAGCAUAGUUCACAUCUACAGCCGCUGGAGGAACAGUGAAAUCAGAUGCUACGUAAACGGACAGCUGGUUUCUUACGGAGACAUGGCAUGGCACGUCAACACAAAUGAUAGUUAUGAUAAGUGCUUCCUUGGGUCCUCAGAGACAGCGGAUGCUAACAGAGUAUUCUGCGGGCAGCUAGGAGCUGUCUACGUGUUCAGUGAAGCCCUCAAUCCUGCACAGAUAUUUGCAAUUCAUCAGCUAGGACCAGGCUAUAAGAGUUCAUUUAAGUUCAAGUCAGAGAGCGAUAUCCACUUAGCUGAGCAUCACAAGCAGGUGCUGUAUGACGGCAAACUGGCAGGCUCCAUCGCCUUCACCUACAACUCCAAGGCCACCGAUGGCCAGCUUUGCCUGGAAUCCUCGCCGCGUGAAAACGCUUCCAUCUUUGUGCACUCACCGCACGCUCUUAUGCUCCAGGAUGUGAAAGCCACAGUGACUCUCUCCAUCCAUAGUGCCAUCCACUCCAUCGGUGGCAUCCAGGUGCUUUUUCCACUCUUUGCUCAGCUCGACUUUCAUCAGCUGAAUGACAGCCAGGUGGAAACUACAGUCUGUGCCACCCUCCUUGCCUUUCUGGUUGAGCUGCUCAAGAGCUCUGUGGCGAUGCAGGAGCAGAUGCUCGGAGGCAAGGGCUUUUUGGUGAUCGGGUACCUACUGGAGAAGUCUUCGCGCGUACACAUCACCAGGGGUGUGCUCGAGCUAUUCCUCUCCUUUGCAAAGUAUCUGGAUGGACUGACACACGGGGCGCCACUGCUGAAGCAGCUUUGUGACCACGUCCUGUUCAACGCUGCCAUUUGGAUCUACACCCCUGCCAAGGUUCAGCUGUCUUUGUACACAUACCUUUCUGCUGAGUUCAUUGGCACAGCAACCAUCUACAACACGAUCCGUCGCAUUGGCACAAUCCUUCAGCUCAUGCAUAUGCUGAAGUACUACUACUGGGCCACUAAUCCUGCAGACAGCGGCAUCACUCCAAAGGGUCUUGAUGGUCCUCGGCCAAGCCAGAAAGAUGUAAUUUCUCUGCGAGCGUUCAUGCUGCUCUUCCUCAAGCAACUCAUUCUGAAGGAUCGAGGGGUGAAAGAGGAUGAAUUACAAGCCAUCCUGAACUAUUUGCUAACAAUGCAUGAGGAUGACAAUCUGCAUGACGUGUUGCAGUUGGUGGUGGCCCUCAUGGCUGAGCACCCAGCCUCCAUGAUCCCCGCUUUUGACCAGAGAAAUGGAGUACGUGUUCUCUACAAGCUCUUGACCUCCAAGAGUGAAAACAUUCGUGUACAAUCACUCAAAGUACUUGGGUACUUCCUAAAGCACUUGGGACACAAGAGGAAGGUGGAAAUCAUGCACACGCACAGCCUUUUUACCCUUCUGGGAGAGAGGCUCAUGCUGUACACCAACACUGUGUCUGUCACAACCUACAACGCUCUUUAUGAGAUUCUGACAGAGCAGGUGUGCACACAGGUAGUCCACAAACCUCACGCUGAGCCCGACUCAUCUGUCAAAAUUCAGAACCCAAUGAUCCUCAAGGUGGUGGCAACUGUAUUGAAGAGUUCAGCCCCCAGCGCCGAGCUGAUGGAGGUUCGCCGGCUCUUCCUUUCAGAUAUGAUCAAACUCUUCAGCAACAGCCGAGAGAACAGGCGGUGUCUCCUGCAGUGCUCCGUGUGGCAGGACUGGAUGUUUUCUCUCGGCUACAUCAACCCAAAAAACUCAGAAGAGCAGAAGGCCACUGAGAUGGUGUAUAACAUUUUUCGCAUUCUGCUUUACCACGCCAUCAAGUAUGAAUGGGGCGGAUGGCGCGUGUGGGUGGACACUCUCUCCAUUGCCCACUCCAAGGUAACUUACGAGGCACAUAAGGAAUACUUGGCGAAGAUGUAUGAAGAGUACCAGCGCCAGGAGGAGGAGAAUAUUAAGAAAGGGAAGAAAGGUUUGGUCAGCACCAUAUGUGGCCUGUCUGCUCAGGCCUCUGGUCUGAAGGGUGCUAUUGACAUCAGAGAAAUGGACGAUAACUCCCAGACUCCUGAAAGUGAGAGAGACUACGAGAGCGCCGACUCCCGCAACCUGCUAGCUGAAGGGAAGGGCUCUGAGAGCGGCUUCAAAGGAGCGGCGGGUGCAGGAGACGGGGACGCGGUUGAAGUGCACGACCUGGUGGACAUCAAGGCUGAAAAGGUGGAGGCUACAGAGGUGAAGCUGGACGAUAUGGAUCUGUCCUCUGAAACUUUAGGAAUAUCUGAAAAUGGGCCGCUGGUGGAGGUGGAUUCUCUCUUGGAUGACGUUUACUGCGCUGCUGUGGAAAAGCUCAGCGGCGAUGUCGGUGGGAUGCUGUUGCCAAAGGAAAGCAUCCAUGAUCAAAAUGCUACCCCUCUCAUUAUGCUGGAUGAUGACAAGGACGGAAGUCACCACGGCAACAACUUCCUGUUCGCCCAGUCGGCAGGGAGCACGGAGGACAAGCUGCUACCGGACCUGGGUCCAGCUGGGCCUCUGGUUCUGCCCAGCCCAGAGCUGCCGCUGUGCCCCAAGCCCAGCGACCAACUCAGCCUUCUAGCUGACAUGACUGGCAGCACCUUACCCAACAUCCUGGAGAAGGAUGAGUUUGAAAUGCAGACAGUCCUUGAAGGCAUCAGCUCACUGGCUGGACCUGAAACCGGGAGCUCCUCCAAAAUCCCAGAGGCCUCUGAGAGCACGGUUUCAGUAGAUGCAACCGGCAGCACUUCUGACACUGAGAGAUCAGAAGAUGGAAAAGACAAGGAGAUAAAGAAAAUCCGGACAACAGCAACCACGCAGAGUGUGCAUGGUCACCUCGUGUCUCAGUUGGAAAGAGACACACGUGUGGACCUCGACUUAAGGGGGACACCCACAACAGAGGAACAGCGACGCCAGUUCAGCCCCGGUCCUCGCACCACAAUGUUUCGCAUCCCGGAGUUCAAAUGGUCGUCUAUGCACCAGAGACUCCUCACCGACCUGCUGUUUGCCCUGGAGAGUGACGUCCAUGUCUGGAGGAGCCACUCCACCAAAUCUGUCAUGGAUUUUGUUAAUAGUAAUGAGAACAUAAUUUUCGUCCACAACACCAUCCACCUCAUUUCCCAAAUGGUGGACAACAUUAUCAUUGCCUGUGGAGGGAUUUUGCCCCUUCUCUCAGCCGCCACCUCUCCUUCUACGGAGUUGGAGAACAUGGAGGCCACCCAGGGCAUGUCGUCGGAGACGGCCAUCACUUUCCUGUCCCGUCUCAUGGUCAUGGUAGAUGUUCUGGUCUUCUCAAGUUCCCUUAACUUCAGCGAGAUUGAAGCUGAGAAGAACAUGUCCACGGGUGGCUUGAUGCGCCAGUGUCUCAGACUUGUGUGCUGCGUAGCUGUAAGGAACUGUCUGGAGUGCAGGCAGAGACACGACAACAGGACUCAGGAAAUCCUCCAGAAUGUGGUGAAUUUCAGCAAGACAUCCUUGGAUACUGUCCCCACUAACCUGUCUCCAAUCAAGGACCCUGAUCGCCUUCUGCAGGACGUGGACAUCAAUCGGCUACGCGCUGUGGUGUUUCGUGACGUGGAUGACAGUAAACAAGCCCAGUUCUUGGCUUUGGCCGUGGUCUACUUCAUCUCUGUCCUCAUGGUCUCCAAGUAUCGCGACAUCCUUGAGCCCCAGCGUGAGCCUGCCAAGAUGAGCAGCCAGGCGGGCCGCGGCGCGCGUCAGGACGUCGGCUCGCUCACCAGCACAGAAACAUCAGCGGCAUUUCAAAACAGUAAGGAUCAAGCUGUGCUGUCAGAAGACCUCCACAAGGGGAGGCCUCUUCCCCACAUAGACUCCGGGAUCGGAGAUGAGCAAGUAGCCACCAUCCUUAAUGGAACUGAUCCGGAUCAUAGACUGGGACCUGGUGCCGUGGGCGAGCUCAUGUCCACGCUGUCUUCUGAAGUGACGAAGAGCCGGGAAAAGAGGCCCUUCAGUGGGGCGAUGCUCAAGCCGUCUUCCUCCAGCAUCAGCGUUAAUCAAUCCAACAAGGGCAUCAACGUCAAGGAGAUUCUGAAGAGUCUGGUUGCAGCUCCUGUGGAGGCCGCAGAAGCCCGGCUGGAGCCGUGCUCUUAUCCGGACCCGGCUGCCAAGGCCCAGGCCAUGCUGCCGCUGCAGUUUCACUCCUUUGACAGGAGUGUGGUGGUGCCUAUGAAGAAAAUCUCCCCAGGCACUUUAGUGGUUAACGCGCUGGGAACCAGCAGCAACACCUCCCCAGGGCUCGCAACCAGCAGCACCCCCAACAUCUUUGCUGCUGCCUCUGCAGCCCCCAAAAGCAUGAUCAACACUACUGGUGCUGCUGAAGUGGCCUCCGCUUCCUCCUCCUCUUCAACCAGUUACGCCAAUGGCGCUACAAGUAAAAAUCUUCCAGCCGUGCAAACGGUGGCCCCCAUGCCAGAAGACACCGUGGAAAACAUGAGCAUCACUACGAAGCUGGAGAGGGCUUUGGAGAAAGUGGCGCCCCUGCUGCGAGAGAUCUUUGUGGACUUCGCACCUUUCCUGUCGCGAACCCUGCUGGGCAGCCACGGACAAGAGCUGCUCAUAGAGGGUCUAGUAUGUAUGAAGUCGAGCACUUCAGUGGUGGAGCUCGUCAUGCUCCUUUGUUCUCAGGAGUGGCAGAACUCCAUUCAGAAGAAUGCUGGCCUGGCUUUUAUUGAGCUAAUUAAUGAAGGAAGGUUACUGUGCCACGCCAUGAAGGACCACAUAGUGCGGGUUGCCAAUGAAGCCGAAUUCAUCCUGAACCGACAGCGAGCGGAGGACGUCCACAAACACGCAGAGUUUGAGUCCAACUGUGCCCAGUAUGCUGCUGAUAGAAAAGAGGAGGAGAAGAUGUGUGACCACCUGAUCAGCGCUGCCAAACACAGAGACCAUGUGACGGCCAACCAGCUAAAGCAGAAAAUUAUCAACAUCCUCAACAACAAGCACGGUGCCUGGGGUACGCCGGGCCAGAGUCAGCUGCACGACUUCUGGCGUCUUGAUUACUGGGAGGACGACCUACGGCGGAGGAGGAGAUUUGUCAGAAACCCAUUUGGCUCCACCCACUUGGAUGUCACAUGCAAGUCCCUGCAGGAGUAUGGCUUGAAGGAGGAUGAGAUGGUCAAGUCUAAGAUGGUUUUCCGGAGCCCGACUGUGGCUACUCAGAACACGGAGGCCGAGCUGAUACUGGAUGGAGACGACGAUACCGUCAGCCAGCUGCAGGAGAAGGAGAUGGACAACUUGGGUGGCCCAGUGGUCCUGAGCAGCUCGGCCCAGCUGGUUGCCCCUGUCCUGGUCGCCCGGGGAACCCUGUCCAUCACCACCUCUGAAAUCUACUUCGAGGUGGACGAGGAUGACCCUGCCUUCAGAAGGGUCGACCCGAAGGUCCUGGCGUACACGGAGGGUUUACAUGGGAAAUGGAUGUUCAGCGAGAUCCGGGCAGUCUUCUCCAGAUGCUACCUCCUGCAAAACACUGCGAUGGAAGUUUUUAUGGCCAACAGGACAUCUGUCAUGUUCAACUUUCCUGACCAGGCCACAGUAAAGAAAGUGGUCUACAGUCUCCCCCGGGUAGGCGUCGGCACCAGCUAUGGACUUCCUCAAGCCAGACGCAUCUCCCUGGCAACCCCCCGGCAGCUUUUCAAGUCCUCCAACAUGACCCAACGCUGGCAGAGAAGAGAAAUCUCGAUUGAAUACCUUAUGUUUCUCAACACCAUAGCAGGGAGGACGUACAAUGACCUGAACCAGUACCCGGUCUUUCCCUGGGUCCUCACCAACUAUGAGUCUGAGGAGCUGGACUUGACCUUGCCGGGGAACUUCAGAGAUCUCUCAAAGCCCGUUGGUGCAUUGAAUCCAAAGCGUGCUGCAUUUUACGCCGAACACUAUGAGAAAUGGGAGGAUGACCAAACGCCACCUUUUCAUUACAACUCCCACUACUCCACCAUUGACACCACCCUGCACUGGCUUGUCAGGAUAGAGCCCUUCACCACGUUCUUUCUUAGUGCUAAUAAAAACAAGUUUGACCAUCCUGAUCGGACGUUUUCUUCCAUUGCCCGCUCCUGGAGGAACUGUCAGAGGGACACCUCCGAUGUUAAGGAGCUGACUCCUGAGUUCUACUACCUUCCCGAGAUGUUUGUCAACAGCAACGGCUACCAUCUGGGAAUGAGGGAAGAUGGAAACAUGAUUUGUAACGUGGAACUCCCGGCUUGGGCCAAGAAGCCGGAAGACCUUGUUCGGAUAAACAGGAUGGCCCUGGAAAGCGAAUUUGUGUCAUGUCAGCUGCAUCAGUGGAUUGACCUUAUUUUUGGCUACAAGCAACGGGGCCCAGAGGCGGUGCGUGCCCUCAACGUCUUUCACUACCUGACCUACGAGGGCUCUGUCAACCUGGACAGUAUCACUGACCCUUUACUUAAAGAGGCCACAGAGGCGCAGAUUCAGAGCUUUGGACAGACGCCGUCUCAGUUGCUUAUUGAGCCACAUCCUCCACGCAGUUCCGCCAUGCACCUGUGUUUCCUUCCACAGAGUCCUCUAAUGUUCAAGGACCAAAUGCAGCAGGAUGUCAUUAUGGUGUUGAAGUUUCCCUCCAAUUCGCCCGUCACGCACGUUGCCGCCAACACUCUGCCCCAUCUCACGAUCCCCGCCGUGGUUACCAUGACCUGCAGUCGCCUGUUUGCCGUCAACCGAUGGCACAACACCGUCGGUCUCCGAGGGGCGCCGGGCUACUCUCUGGAACAGGCUCAUCACCUCCCCAUCGAGAUGGAUUCUCUGGUUGCCAACAAUAACGGAAGCAACAAGCGUCAGAUCACAGACCUAGUGGACCAAAGCAUCCAAAUAACCACACAAUGUUUCGUGGUGACAGCUGACAACCGUUACAUCCUGGUGUGUGGCUUCUGGGACAAGAGCUUCCGUGUGUACUCCUCUGAGACAGGUAAGUUGACCCAGAUCGUCUUUGGCCACUGGGAUGUGGUGACGUGUUUGGCCAGGUCGGAGUCUUACAUCGGUGGCGACUGCUACAUCGUCUCCGGCUCCCGGGACGCCACCCUGCUGCUGUGGUACUGGAGCGGGCGGCACCAUAUCAUCGGAGACAACCCCAAUUAUGGUGACUACCCUGCACCACGAGCAGUGCUGACUGGUCAUGACCAGGAAGUGGUGUGCGUGUCAGUUUGUGCAGAGCUGGGUCUCGUCAUCAGUGGAGCCAAAGAGGGCCCGUGUCUGGUCCACACCAUCACCGGGGACCUGCUACGCGCCCUGGAGGGACCAGAACACUAUCAGUCCCCGCGGCUCAUCACGGUGUCCAGCGAGGGUCACUGCAUCAUCUACUAUGAGAGGGGCCGCUUUUGCAACUACAGCAUUAAUGGAAAACUGCUGGCACAGAUGGAGGUCAAUGAUUCCACCAGGGCAAUACUACUGAGCAGUGACGGCCAUAACCUUGUGACCGGCGGCGAUAAUGGCGUGGUGGAGGUGUGGCAGGCUUGUGACUUCAAAAAGCUCUACAUCUACCCAGGCUGUGAUGCAGGCGUUCGAGCCAUGGACCUGUCACAUGAUCAAAGGACUUUGAUCACAGGCAUGGUGUCCGGCAGUAUCGUGGCAUUUAACAUAGAUUUCAACCGAUGGCACUACGAACAUCAAAACAGGUACUGACGCGCUGAGGGUCAGAGGAACACCUGCCGACCAGUGAAGGAGCCGCGCAGCAGAAGAUCCAAAGAACUCAGAGGAGACCGAGUCAACCGGACUACAAAAUUACGGCCGAGAACCGGGUGUCCUUCCACGAGUUUCAUCUGCCCUCUGAGUCACAUACGUAGAUUUGUAUCUGUUGCUCAGCAGUCUGGAGGCAUCGCCGUUUUCACAUCUUACCUGUUCUCCAGCUGAGCCAAACAGGUCUGUUGUUCUGGGUAUUCAACAGAGUUCAAUUAUUACAGGUACAUACGUUAUUAAAACAUACUUGAUGUUCUUUCAAACUGUGAAGAAGAGGGAAAAAAAAAAAAGAAAAUAAAUUUUCUGUUAGGAGCAUUUAUACAUUUGUAUGACAGAUUCUUGGAACACUUUUAUAAGACAAAAGUAUAUCUGUAAGUAUUAAGAGUUUCUUACCUGUAAAAGAUUAAAAAGAUCUAAACGCUGUUACGCAAGUCGGUAUGUUAACGUUCUUGUCAGGCAAGACCUGGAUAAGUGUUGAAACUGUCUUCAUCAUCGCAUUAAGAUAUUAGUUGCUAGUUACGUGUAUUAAGCCACUGUUUACUCCUUAAAAGUGAUCAGUUGUUUGUGUAAAGACUAUGUUCAUUGUUAACUGUUAAAAUGGCAAAUAAGAGAAGAUUUAGUGAGUUUAGUUCUUUGUGAUAAAUGUUUUUGAUAUGCCAGCAACAAUAAACUGGAAUAUUUCCAUAUUUAUUUAAAACCGAGGACAAUAUCAUUUCAUCUGAACAUUUCCUGUAACUUAUUUUUGGACAUUUGAAACACCAGUUUCUUCAAAUGUUUUCUUUUGUUUAACAGGCAUGUGCACAGGAUUAAAUGACAGAUUUGUUGCAUAAUAUUUAUUGAUUAUCGUUUGUAGUCAAGCUGGUUGACAUUUUGAAAAAAUGUAAUUUUCAAAGACAUU